CGAGCCGGGUCCGAUGGCCGUGCGACUCGAAAUCGAGGACCGUGGGGCAGGCCGCUGGAUCGCAGCCACCAAGGACGUCGCGCCCGGCACGCUCCUGCUGACGUCGACGCCCUUUGCGACCGUCUUGUCGCCGAGUCUGUGGACCGAGCGCUGCCAGGCGUGCUUUGAGCCAGGCUCGCUUGCGCGCUGCGCCGCUGCAAGCUUCAUGCUAGGCUCCAAGCAAUGUCAGCUGAGCGACUGGCGCCUGCAGCACAAGCUCGAGUGUCCGCGACUCGAGCGGCUCGUCGUGACCGCGAAUGCGUACUCGGUUGUCGCCGAUGCGCUCCUCGUCGCGCGAACGCUGCGCCUUGUCUCUGCGUUUCCCGCGCAAAACGAAGCACGGAGCUUGGAUGACCGCUCAACGCAUCCAUGGAACCUCGUCUGGUCCGAGGCCGACCGGGCAGCGGUGCACAGCACGGCCGCUAUCGUCGACCAUACAGGCUUGCUACCAUCCAGUAUGAGCUACACACUCUCGGACAUUGAAGAGAUGCUCUGCCGCUUCCACACCAACAACUUUACCAUCACAGACGAGAUUCUCCUGGACAUUGGCUCGGGCUGCUACCCGUGGGCCGCGAUGGUCAACCACAGCUGCGACGCCAACUGCACUGUCACGUUCGCGCCAAAGUCGCACGAACUCCAGAUGCGCGCGCUGCGCCCGAUCGCUGCCGGCGAAGAAAUCACACACGCCUACAUGGACGUGGCGAUUCCCGCGACCAAGCGCCGGCGCCAACUCCAAGCGCAGUACCACUUUGAUUGCAGCUGCGCCCGGUGCACGUCGCCGACGUCAUUUGACCUCGUCUCGGAUGCGGGCACAGACGGCGGACCGAUCGACAGCGGCGCGUCACCCGACUUGGCCCGCGCAACGCAGCUCGUGGCAGCCGCGGUGCCCAUGUCCCCGCAGGAAGCGAUCACGUGUCUCCGAGAAGCGCUGGUCCUUCGGUCGGCACACUUGCAUGCACUCAACGUCGAUGUGCUCGAGGUCCACUCGCACCUCUUGACGCAGUACUUGGCGGCGCGCGAUUUUGAGAACGCGCGCGGAGCGGCGCGAGCGAUGUGGACGUUCUACGAAGCCAUGUACCCGACGACGCAUGCGAUGGCGGGCCUGCAUCUCUACACGCUGGGCGACCUCGAAGCCCAGUGGCCCGAGCGCCUUGGUGAGAGUCGGGCGCAUUUGCAAGAGGCGCACCGGAUACUCGCGAUCACGCACGGCCGCGAGCAUCCGUUGGUGCACGGGCUGCGCAGUGUGCUCGCCUCGAUGCCGUGACAGCCAUGGCUUGCCUCAUUGGCGAUGAGCAAGAAGAC